UGCCUGCCUUACUAUAAUCAACAGAUAAUUAAAUCAAUGACUGAUUUUCAUUUCCGCUACAGUGAAUGGGAUUGUAUGAGCUGAAGGAAGUCAUUCUUGCCAAUGGAACAAUAUCUCUUAGGGAAUGUAUCAGCUGGGACAAAGUUCAGGUUGCCUUAUUGGACAGGCAGUUGCUGAAUGGAAUAUUGCUCUGAUAGCCUGCUUUAACUUUCUCAGGUUACUGUUCCAAGUAAAAUCAAAGGAAAGGAAGAACUUGAAGACAAUCAAGACAAGAGAUGGACCUAUCCCAUAAAUUUUCUAAACAAGAGCUCACCUUGCUAUAUGAAGAAGUUCUCUAUACUAUUCUCCAUCGCUUGGGCAAACCGGAGCCUAAUCAUGUUGCUGAUCCAGAAGAGUUAUAUGCAUAUGCGCAAAAGGUUUUUAAUAUGGAUUCAGAAGAGCAUAAUAUUAUACUACAGAGGACCAAAGAGUUGGAGAGGCCAAUCUUUUGUCUUAAAGCAACUGUGAAGCAAGCCAGAGGACUUCUGGGUAAAGAUGUCAGUGGGUUCAGUGACCCAUACUGCCUCCUAGGGAUAGAAAAUAAAAAGCAGGAUUCUUCUAAUGGUGGCGCCCAGCAGGAGAACAAAAAACGAUCAAAGGCCGUGGUGAAGAAUCUGAUCCCUGAAGACCAAACCCACCGCACCCAAGUCAUCUCUCAGACGUUAAACCCUGUGUGGAAUGAAACCUUUAUACUUGAGUUUAAAGAUGUGGAGAAUGCCAGGUUCCAGCUGGACAUGUGGGACUUCGAUGAAGUUGAAUCUGUACGCCAUAAACUGGGAGAACUAACAGAUCUCCAUGGCCUUAAGAGGUUUUUAAAGGAUGCUCGGAAGGACAAAGGGCAACAUGACUUUCUGGGAAAUGUGGUUCUUCGUGUGAAGGACCUGCAUUGCAGAGAAGACGGUUGGCACAAUCUGGAGCCUCGCACAGAAACAUACCCCAACAGAGGACAGUGCCACCUGCAGUUCCUCAUGAUUCACAAGAAGAGGAUGACCACAGCCAGUAGGACACAGCCAAGCUACACAGUCCAUCGGAAUCUUCUUCAGCAGAUGGUUUCUUAUGAGAUUCUUCAGCAUCAGGCUGGCAGCACUUCCUGGGACGGAGAGCUGAGCAAACAUGCCAGUACAAUCUUAUAUCUACAUGCAUCUCAGAAAGACCUUUCUAAUUUCCAUCAGGAUAUGGCGACGUGGCUGGCUUACAGCAAACUCUACCUGAUCCUGGAAUUCAACAGCAACUGCCUACUGCACCAGAUUACCAGCAUAGAGUACCAGUGGAUACAAGGGCGACUAAAACCUGAACAGAAAGCAGAAUUGGCUGACUCUUUCCAGUCCCUGCUGGCCUACGGGAUCUCUCUCCUCCAGAGAUACCGGAUCGUCUUUCCGCUCUCUACUGCAAACUCUACACAGAGGCUACAAUCACUGCUCAGGCUCUUGGUACAAAUUUGUAAAAUGAAAGCCUUCAGAGAACUUUGUACCAUGAACCCUGACCUUCCACAAAUGGUGACUGAGGCACUCAAGUCAGGAACAGCAGAAUGGUUUCAGAUGAAGAAACAACACUUGAAGCCAAUGGUCAAGACCAUGGAGGAGUGUGGCAAAGUUCUGGUCCGUCUUGUUACAGAAGUGAAUGCAGAUCUCCAGCAGUGCCACAAAGUCUGGAACAAAUAUUUCAGCAACACCAUGCGACUGGAUCUCUUCUCCAUUGCAUACUUAGAACUUCAAGAGCUGGUUUCCCGUUAUGUCAAAGAGCAACUGAGCGAGAUGGAUAGUGGCAUGUCCCACCUGACAGCAGAGAACCUUUUCCAGCUCUACCUCAACCUACAGGAACUGCAUCGCAUGAAAGAGUUUCUGUGCAACAGUGAAACUCCUCUUGAACUGAUGAAUUUCCACCAGUGGUUUAAGGAAGCCAUCCCUAAGUGGCUCCAGAAGACGUACACAAUAGGCCUGGAAAGGACUCAGAGAGCUGUAAAAGUGGAUCAGCUGAAGCCACUGGGGGAUCUGAAUAAACACAGUACAUCCACUGUAGACUUAUCUACCUGCUAUGUUCAGAUGGUCAAGACCUGGCAGCAGCUGGACUGGCCAGAUCCUGAGGAGGCUUUCAUGAUCAUGGUGAAAUUUGUUGAGGACAUGUGUAGAAUUGCUCUGCUGUACUGUCAGCUGAUCAAGGCAAGAGCAGAAGAAUUGUCAUCAUCGAACCGACAUGAGGAGGGAGAAGCAGCAAACCGGCUCUGCGUUGUGGUGAACAAUAUUGAGCAGCUUCGCAUGAUCAUCCUCAAACUGCCCUCACAGCUGGACUGGGCCCGUCUGAAGCAGCAGAUAGGAGAUGCCGUUGCCCCAGAACAGAUCCAGAACACCUUGCACCAACAGCUUCAGUCUACAGUGGCGUGCCUCAACAAUGAGAUCCGAGGCGUGGUUCAGACCCUGGCGACCAAAAUGGAAGCUGGGAUUUCCAGACACAUUCAACGACUGUCAACAUGUAGUGACUCCACGGACCCUGAAGAUUGCAUCACCCCAUUAAUGAAAUUUUUGGAGUGUGAGUUCGAGUACUUGCAUGGAAACCUGGUUCAGGAGAACUUUAACAGCCUUCUGGAGCUGCUGUGGAAUCAUACCUUACACACAUUGUCAAAGGCGGCUAAAAAGCAAGAUGGCAGCUUGCAGUACUUUAGGAAACUGCAGAUUGCCCUCCAGAGCUUGGAACUUUCAUUCCAUGCAGAAGGCUGUGGGCUGCCCAAGGACGUCCUCCACACUGCAGCUUUUACAACGCUGGAGAAAGAGCUGGAUCUUUGCUCUUCCACCACCAGAAAACUCAUCCAGAAGUACUUCAGUGCCAGAAUCCAGGAGCAGACAGAGACUAACUCUGAAAAAUAUGGGGCUGUGACCAUUAAAGCCAGUUACCGGCACUCGGAGCAGAAGCUGCGCGUUGAAGUGCUCAAUGCGGUCAACCUCCUGCCCCUGGACUCAAACGGCUCAAGUGACCCCUUUGUCCAGCUGACCCUGGAGCCGAGGCAUGAAUUCCCUGAAGUGGUUACAAGGUCAACCCAAUGCAUCAAGAACAAUCUCCACCCGCUGUUUGAUGAAGUCUUUGAUUUUUUAAUUCCUCCAGAAAAAUGCCAACAGGAUGGGGCAUGCUUAUUGCUCACAGUAUUUGACUAUGAUACCUUAGGAGCCAAUGAUCUAGAAGGAGAAGCCUUCCUGCCUCUCGGUCGGGUAAUGGGACUGAAUGAGGAUAAGGAUACAGUCAACCCAUCCAGAGUGCCCCAGAUCCGUUUAUUUUUGAUGCAUCCUGGAACCACUGGCAAUGAAAUCCUGAAGUUGCUCGAGAACCGAAAAGGAGAUAAGGAAGCUCAGGCAUUUGUGAAGCUGCGCAGACAACGGGCAAAGCAGUCCAAGGAAUACGAAUGACAGCAGCCAAGCAAGGGCAGGUUUUAAAGCAAGCGAGCUGAGGCGCAGCAGGAGUUGUGCUAUCAUGACAACAGUAAAUGACAGCAGAUGAGGAGUGAGCCAUUAGGCUAUAGCUAUUCUGACUGGUCACUUUCAUGCCAGAGCCCUACAGGCACUGGGCUCAUCCCAUGACAGCCCAGGUCUCUUUGUCGGUGCAAGUGCAGCAGCUUUUCAAAUGUAAGCCCCAGUCAACUUGGGAUGGCUCCAGUUGCCUUUGAUGUCUUUCCAUCUAAUUUCCAUCUGUUGGCUCCUUCUCGGUUUCCCUCCGUUUCCACAUUUUUCAGUGGUAGCACAGAUUUUUUGAAAUGAAGACAUGGGAUUGUUGGAUGCUCUUGCAGAUGAAGAAAAAUGUGACCAAAUACAUAUAUUUGAGCAUAUGAUAAUGGGAAACAGCCUGUUUGCCCAGCAAAGCUUGAAAUGAGUUCCCCUUGGGAAGUGAAGCCUGUUCUCCGGACGGUACAGAAAGUGGAAGAUAUGGUACUCCACGAUGCCAAAAGCGUGGUGGUGGUGGUGGGCAGCAUUUGAAGGGGGGGGGGGAUUAACACUUGUGAUUUGUCCCUAAUCUCUGCCACAGGGACUGGCAGUUUCAUCUGAUUUAAGCAUCACUGACUUGAAAGGGAAUUAGGAGGAAGAGUCACUGGCAAUGAACUGUAAUGGACUUCAUGCCCAUAUACUGCUAGGGCACAUUUUGGACUAUUGUGCAGAAGGCACAGGUAUUGCUGGACAGUGAAAACUCUUCCGGUUUAAAUCAGUGAAGGAUUAAAUAAAGUCUAUCUUCUGCUA